CUCGGCGCGCAAAGCGAAAAGCAAACAACGCAGUAGCUUAUGGGUAAAUUCAUUGUCUUUUCGUGAUGGCCCGUAUAACAACAACAUGGCGGCGACCAUGAAAUGGAAGCGUGUGACAAAUUCUACUGGCCCAGUGCCGCGGCCAAGACAUGGUCAUCGUGCCGUUGCAAUAAGGGAAUUAAUGGUUGUCUUUGGAGGUGGAAAUGAAGGAAUUGUAGACGAAUUGCACGUCUAUAACACAGCGACGAACCAAUGGUUUGUUCCCGCCGUUCGAGGAGAUAUUCCUCCAGGUUGCGCCGCGUACGGCUUUAUUGCCGAAGGAACAAGACUAAUUAUAUUCGGUGGAAUGGUGGAGUAUGGGCGAUAUUCUAAUGAGAUGUAUGAGCUACAAGCUAGCAGGUGGGAAUGGAAAAAGCUGAAACCAAAGGCACCUAAGUCUCCAGGAGUUUAUCCAUGCCCUCGCCUUGGGCACAGUUUUACCACUGUUGGUCACAAAGCUUAUCUUUUUGCUGGUCUGGCCAAUGACAGUGACGAUCCAAAGAAUAAUAUACCCAGAUAUUUAAAUGAUCUUUAUGUCAUCGAUAUACGGAGUAGUAAUAAUUUACAAUGGGAGAUGCCAACUACAGUUGGUACUACACCAUCUCCUCGCGAGUCACACACUUGUGUUGCUACGUCUGACUCAGACAAUAAGAGACCCAGGCUUAUUGUUUAUGGUGGAAUGAGUGGCUGUCGCUUGGGUGAUCUGCAUCAACUGGAUAUUGACACAAUGACAUGGUCAAAACCAGCAAUCCACAAUAUGAUUCCUCUUCCAAGAAGCCUGCACUCUGCCACCACUAUUGGAAAGAGAAUGUUUGUGUUUGGAGGAUGGGUUCCACUUGUAAUGGAUGAGGUAAAAGGACGGCAAGAUGAAAAAGAGUGGAAGUGCACUAACUCUCUAGCGUGCUUAAAUUUAGAAACCAUGGCUUGGGAAAAUGUGGUAAUGGAUCAGUAUGAUGAUUCCAUUCCAAGAGCGAGAGCAGGACACUGCAGUGUAGCUAUCAAUACUAGAUUGUACAUGUGGAGUGGCAGAGAUGGCUACAGAAAAGCUUGGAAUAAUCAGGUGUGCUGCAAAGACCUGUGGUAUCUUGAAACAGAAAAACCUCCACCUCCUAGUAGGGUUCAGCUGGUCAGAGCUAGUACCACCACUCUGGAAGUGUGUUGGGGAUCUGUACCAACCGCUGAUGCCUACCUGCUGCAGUUACAGAAAUACGAACUUCCUCCCACACCACCAGUCACACCAGUCAAACCUCCUUUAACACCAAGUGGAUCUGCCAGUACUGGGAUCAUGAAAACCCCUCUGUCUGGGACCACCCCUCCAAAGGGACCUGCGAAGGCUUCUCCAGCAAACGGAAAGAUGACUUCCUCACCUUCUGUUACACCAACACCAACUAGCCAAGUAGGAAUGCCAAAAGUUGUAAUGCAAUCACCGUCACAGUCCCCUAAGCCACAAGUGCCAUCAGUUACAACGCCUGUGAAGCCUGUCGCUGUUACACAGAAACAGAAUCAAGCUGCAAGUCACGUGCCUGGUGUGAUAAAGGCUCCCAUAAUUAUGUCGACAGGUUCUUCAACAGCUCAGUCAAUGGCAACAGCUACCACAGCUGUGUCGGGUGCUAAAGCACCAGUCCAAAGCCAGGCUGUUAAUCAAGGUCAAGCAGCUUCAGCUGCCACAAUAACCAAUCAGGGACUGGCAUUGUUACGAGCACCAGUGCAACUUCCUCCUGGAGUCCAAGCCACCAUGAUCACGAAUGCUCAGGGCAUUCCUGUCAUGCGUCUUCAAGGAGCAGGAAUUCAGGGAACCGCGCCAGUCACUCUAGUCACAAGUCAAGUUGGAGCCACGCAACUCCAGGGUGCGACUAUUGUCCGCAUGGCUGCACCAAUUGGUGGUACUGUCACAACUGGAGCAGGGACAACCGGUACAGUGUUGAGAUUGCCAGUGCAGAGUGGAGGGGCAGGUGUACAAGGGACAGCAGUGCUUAAGAUUCCUGUCACAACAUCUAUACAAAUGCCUGGUACGACUGGGUUGACGCUUACUGCCAUGGCAGGAAGUACUGGACAGGCUGCGGUGAUCAGGCAGCAGCUCCCAGUGACUGUUCCUGCUAACCUACCCCCAGGAACACAGCUUAAGGUAGGUCCUCAGGGCCAGUUGACAGCUGUAGGUCCAGGUGGUAUUCCUGUGCAGCUUACCUUGCAAAACGUCAAGACUCAGCAGGUGGCUACAGGACUCCAGGGGUCCACAUUAGGAACACCAACUGUUGUGCAGAUAGCUGGGGCUUCACCUGUGAAGGCAGCCAAUACAGCACAGUUGGUGUCAUCGUCAUCUUCAGCGCCACCCUUGCAGAAGGUCACAGCAGUGUCUACCCAAGGCACCCCUGGUAUAAGCAGGUCUGCAGCCAACACAACCACAAUGUUGUCAACCUCCAAACCAGUGAUGACUACUACCUCUGGUACACCAGCAGCAGCAGCUGGACAGAGUACCACUUCUAACAAGAUGCCUUCUUCACCUGUGGUGUCUUCUACCUCGGGGCCUCCCCCUCUCCAGGUUUCACAGAGACAGGAGCAGAAAACCUUGGCAACGGCUGUCUCCACACAAAGCCCUGCAGCGGCUACUACUUCACUCAACAAACAGAACACCCCAGUAGUCAAGCAGGACACUAAAACAACGGUGGCAGAGACUUCAGCUGCUGCCUUGAGAACAGUGGCUUCCACAGCAGUAUCAACACCUACUGCAGCUCCCACUCCUUCACCUAUCAAAUCUCAGGUGCAACAGACGAUAACAUCCAGGAGUGCUGUGACGUUAAGUCUACCCUCCACUGUAGCUACAUCAACCGUGCAAGCUGUCAAGACAACAAUAGUAGAUAGCACUACCUUACCUAAACCCAAAACCACUGCUGUAACAGCAACACUUUCAACUCCAACUCCAACACAGUCUGUAGUCAGUGUGGCCAGGGUAACAGCUGCCGAGUCAACAGCGCCUUCGUCAUCGACACAGCUGUCAAGAUCGGCAGUACCGAAGGUUACGACUGCAGGUGUUGUCAAAGGGACAGCAGUGACUGCAACACCUGUUGUCUCGGCGGUGACAACCCCAUUGGUGUCCACAUCAGUGUCCACCAGUACCCCUGUGGCUGUUGUAUCUCCACUGAUAACUACUACGAGGCCUGCUGCGACAGCAGCAGUAGCUUCUCCUGCAAAGGUGACAACUACCACGCCUCUGAUCGCCAGCGCCAAGCCAUCGCCAGUUACCUCUGCUGUGGCGCGUACUGUUAAUGGCGGAGUUGGUGUCACAACUAAUCGAUCAGCGACACCUACUUCGAUAUCAAAGGUACCGAAGCCAGCCAAACCUACCUAUACAAGAAAAGUUCAGCCUUCCAAUCAGUGGUAUGAUGUGGGAAUCGUCAAAGGCAUCUCUAUGAUGGUGACGCAUUACUAUCUCUCCAGUGAUAACAACACUAAUGAGGCAAAUCUCGAUGUUGAAAGUAGCUCAGAACAGAGUUUGAAGAAACAGGAACUUCUACCAGGAACGGCUUACAAAUUCCGUGUGGCGGCCAUUAAUGCUUGUGGUAGAGGACUAUUCAGUGAUGUGUCAGCUUUCAAGACUUGUUUGCCAGGUUUCCCUGGAGCACCAUCCGCGAUAAAAAUAAGCAAGAAUGCAGAGGGAGCUCAUCUUUCGUGGGAAGCACCCUCAAAUACGGCCGGUAACGUCAGCGAAUACUCCGUGUACCUGGCCAUUCGCAGUCAGUCAGCCAACCAAUCAGAUGAGAAACCUGUUGCCGGCAUGACCUCAUCUACAAGUUCCACCCCAGUCCAGCUCGCUUUUGUACGUGUUUACUGUGGCGCCCAGCCCACCUGCACCGUCAGCACGGCCACGCUCCAAAGCGCUCACAUCGACUUCUCAACCAAACCUGCCAUUAUCUUCAGAAUCGCCGCUAAGAACGAUAAAGGUUAUGGUCCAGCAACACAAGUUAGGUGGCUUCAAGAUGUACGAGACUUGAAAGAUGGACAACUUGCUGUGAAGACAACAGCUAAACGUGCAGCCGCAGAUAGUCGCUCUGCGGAGUCAUCCAAAAGGGCCAAGAAGGAAAAAGAGAAAAAGGAAGAGAAAGUGAAAAAAGAGAAAGAUGCCGAAAAAGAGAAGGAUGCACCAGACGAUACCACACCAAAAGAUACAAAGGACACAUGAUAUAAAUACCCAAUACAAACAAAAUUACACUUAUUUUAUUCAGACAGAAACUCCUAUGAACAGUGAACGCUCUCGGUAGUAAAGUAGAAAAUGUUCUAACGGUGCUUCCUACAGUUUGGAUUUUCAAGUCGCCGCAGCUGGACACCUUCAAGGUUUGUUUUUCACUUGCGCAGAAGCAUAAGAAUUUGCAACAUACUCAAACGUAGUAAGGGUGCUUUCAAGUAGCGCCUUUUGUUGUCCUUAUAGAAGGCGCCAAUUAGAGCGGUUUUCAAUCGAGUGUUGUUUAACAAAGCCAAAGUAAUCACUGUGGCCAAUCACAAAGGACAGACAACGCAGUGAACCAAUCAAAAACUCAAAGUAAUUACAUGUAGCUGACGCGAAGCACGGGAAAACUUGUACGAACGAGUCGCGAUGGGUGUUGGUGUUUAUUCUGAUUGGAUGAAAAAGUGGCGCGAGUUUUUUAAGCCAAUCGUGUGGCGUAGUAGUUCAAAACAAUAUUUUUCGACACUCCUGUGAAAACCACUCUAUCAACAUCUUACUGUGUCUGCGAAUGUCGGCUUACACUUGUACUUAUGCUUAUGCCAUAGUGAAAACCGGCCUUAACAGUUAUAACACGGAAUAUUAAGUUAUCGGUUUUUGUUUACUUUGUUUUUGUGACGUACAAAAUUACGUUCACAGCAAAGAAAUCUUUAACCGGAAAAAUAGUUCACGAUAGCCGUAAAUAAACGCCAAAGAGGGAGACCAAGACGACGGUUAAGAGUGAGCAAAAUUGAGAGCAAUAAUGAUUUGAUAAAUUUAUCAAGACUAUUUUUUCCAGCUGUGCUGUCCAUGAAAUUCCUCUUUCACAAACGUUGCACUAAUUUGCCUUCUUUUUGUGACCGUGAGCGAUCUAGCGAUGUUUUUGUCUGUUGUAUUAUCGACAACGCGUAUGUUAUUUUAUCGUACAAAGAGAGCUGUAUAUUAUCUAUAUUACCUAUUGUAAGCCCUCUGGCUUCACAAUAGGCCUGAAAGAUUUUCGGAGCACCCUUUAUUUUUUCGAAUUAGGUAGCUCGGCUGCGAAUCCAAUGUCAGUUGUAGAAUAGGUACCCUAAGGGUAGAAAGAGAUGAUCUGAGCCCGCAGUUGUCAGCGCCCAGAUCGGUUUUCUUAGAAUACCUCAUGUAUUGUUGUCAUCGACUCUGACUCAAUUCUGAGGCGGAUACUUCGUGAUACAGUCGUGAAAAAGAACCUAAUUGGUUACCAGUGUGACGCUGCCUGGACCUUGUUCUUUUGAGUGAGGUUAUUUUUAAUUUAGUGUCGUACAUUGCUCGUUUAUUAAGAACCAACUAACUACCAAGCCGAGCUUCAUACUGCUGAUUCAAAAAACACUGUCCACGUAUAUUUUCUGUUUUCUUUAGCUCAUACCUUGUAGUAGAAAACUGAAAACUGUGAUCCUAUAUUUUAUGUAAGAGAAGAAAGUACUGUAUACCGUAAAUUCUGAUACCUCUGGAACCCUGGGGAUCCCCCGAGGGAUGGUGAUGUGAAUGUACAGCCUCUAGGCUAAUCUUUCUUGCUGUAUUGGUUGAGAAUGCUAGCGCUGUGCUUCAAAGUACGAUGUGUUUUGUUGAACGCGGAAGGCUAUCAUUCUGUACUAUCUUCCAUGCAAAAAAGUUUUCAAUAUCAUUUGUGCUUUGAGAAGUUUAACUGUAAAUAUAUUGCAUAGUAUAACCUGGGGUUCUAGCUGUAUCGCGGCAGAACAGACCAUUUUAACACAGAUCCCGUCGUAGCUGUAAUUAUCAUAAUUUAUUUUACUGUAGUUAUUUAACUCGGAGGCAAAUUUUUACGUUAAGACGUGGUAUUGCUUUGCGUCGAAUGUGAAUACGUUUAUGAUGACAGAGAGAUCAUAGCUCUGUAUGUACCCUUGAAGUGUACAGGGUGGGGAACUUAACUGUUGAUUUUGUAAGAACUUACCCAGACAGUGUUGCUGCAUAAACCUAUCUCCAGGGACAAGCGCUUCGAGAAUAAAGAGCGAAGCUUGCACACUGAA